AUGGCUGCGACUAACUCUGACUCCGCUAUCAAUACUGUUGAAGCACAACUGAAAGACAUCGUGCAGAACCUCUACAAUCUCAUUGUGCAAUCCUACGACCACCAUGGAAACAAGACGCAAGAAGCCAUGAAACGGGAAAUCACGUCGCUCAUACAAAAUCUGGUGAAGCUGUCGCAAAAGGCUCCUGCAAUCCAUAUCGACAUCCCACCUGAGGUUACGAGUUAUGUUGAGGGUUCACGAAAUCCAGAUGUCUACACGCGCGAAUUUGUCGAGACAGUGCAGCGAAUGAACCAGAUGAUGAAAGGCCGCUUCGAUGCAUACCGCAUGCUGCAAGAACAACUUGCAUGGCAGCUUUCGAGCGCUAUACCAGAGAUGAAGGACGAUAUAGUCAAAGUAGUGGAAUCGACCGGCGGCAAAGUUCCGACUUGA